AUGCUAACAACGGCGAAGGCGAAUCCACUGGAGGCGUUGCGGUCGGCAAAGGAGAACAAAGAACUUUCAGGACAGCUGGAACAUCACAGGUCCCUACGUGCCAUCAAACUAAAGGUCCUUCUUUACCGCGAGGAGCGUGAGGCUGCUGGCGUACCACCUGAUGUGAUUAGCCGAGAGUGCGCAACACUUCAUGGGUCGCUACUCCGUAAUUACAUGGAGGAGGCUCAAGAGGCAAGACGUUUGGGGGCAGCAGAGUUGGCACAAAAGACUGCGGAGAGAUUCGCCUCCGCAUUUCAAGUAAGACCCGGCUCACUGGGGGAUGCUUUCGACCGGCGUCAUCGUGAGGUGGAAAGACAGGCCGCGGAAGGGGCUCGCAAAGAGGCGAUAGAGCGGCGGAUUGUGGAACGGGUGAAGCGUAUCAAGGGAGAGUAA